CAUCGGUAACUUAUUAAAACAAAAUGCACGCGCCCAGAUGGGCGGCUGCGAUGACCUCUGACACCGCCCAUCUGCGGCGGACGUGGUAGAGGACUGCGGGCGGUGGUUCACCGCACAGACCGGAAAGCUCCCGAAACUUUCCCCGCCGGGCACUGACAGACAGCCGGGGAGACGGAGAGCGUCUUCCCGCCCUCUCACGCUUCUCGUCGUCAUGACAGCCAAAACCAAAUGGGGGGUGGUAAAGGACCAAGUGACUGGAGGCCCCGCCCACGACCCAGAUGCCACGCUGGAGGCAAAUCUGGAGAACGCCGACCCUGAACUGUGCAUCCUCCUGCUGCAGGUUCCCACGGUAGUGAACUACUCUGGUCUGCGGCGGCGGUUGGAGGCCAGUGACCAGGCGUGGAUGGUGCAGUUCCUGGAGCUGCGGGGUCUGGACCUGCUGAUGGAGGCGCUGGAGCGUCUGUCCGGUCGCAGCUGUGCUCGCAUCGCCGACGCUCUACUGCAGCUGACCUGCAUCGCCUGCGUGCGCGCCGUCAUGAACUCGUCUGCAGGACUUCACUUCAUCCUGGACAACGAGGGCUACGUCAGGACCCUGACCCAGGCUCUGGACACGUCCAACGUCAUGGUGAAGAUGCAGGUGUUUGAGCUGCUGGCAGCUCUCGCUCUGUUUGACCCUCGAGGACAUCACCUGGCUCUGGACGCCUUCGACAGCUACAAGAGUCUGAAGAAGCAGCAGUACCGCUUCAGCGUGAUCUUGAAUGAGUUUCACGGUACCGACAACGCCGCCUACAUGGUGACGCUGAUGAGUGUCGUCAAUAUGCUGGUGCUGGGACAGGAAGACCUGAGGAAGAGGGACCGACUGCGACAGGAGUUCAUCGGCCUGCAGCUGCUGGAUCUGCUGCCCACACUCAGGGAGACGGAGGACAAGGACCUGAACAUCCAGUGUGAUGCGUUUGAGGACUCUCUGACAGAGGACGAGGAGGAGAUGGAGAGACUGUACGGAGGCAUCGACAUGAGCAACCACGAGCAUGUCUUCACCUCUGUCCUCACCAAGGUGUCCAGCAGUCCGUCCUCGGUCCAGCUGCUGUCCGUCCUCCAGGCCUUGUUGUUGGUGGACCCGGACAAAGCUCCGGUCUGGUCGGCUCUGGAGCUGCUGGCGGACCGAGCCACGCUGCUGGCCCAGGACCCUGAUGUGGAUUCUGUCGACUGUGUGCUGGAGAGGCUCCUCCCCCAAAGGUCCCUCUCAGCCAAUCGCAGGAUCCGAACCAUCGACAGGGCAGUACAGACACGACUACCUGACAGUCCCCCCAGCCAAUCAGAGAAAACACCAUCUUCAGCAGUGUCUUCUCAAGCUCCUCCCACUUUGCCUUCACCUAAUAUGAAAGCUGCACCACCUCCUCCUCCCUCACCAGGUAUGGGAGUCCCACCCCCUCCCCCUCCCUUACCUGGUAUGGGAGCCCCACCCCCUCCUCCUCCCCCUCCUUUACCUGGUAUGGGAGCCCCACCCCCUCCUCCUCCCUUACCUGGUAUGGGAGCUCCACCCCCUCCUCCUCCCCCUCCUUUACCUGGUAUGGGAGCCCCACCCCCUCCUCCUCCCUUACCUGGUAUGGGAGCUCCACCCCCUCCUCCUCCUCCCUUACCUGGUAUGGGUCCUCCACCCCCUCCUCCAGGUGACAUCAUUGUAGCCCAGGCAUUUCAAGGUCUGGGCAGGUCAUAUUACAGCCCCCCACCUCACACAAGCCCCGCCCCCUGCCCCACCCUGCGUAUGAAGAAACUGAACUGGCAGAAGCUCCCGUCCAGAGCGCUGACAGCUCCUCAGUCCCUGUGGACGUCGUCAUCUUCAGACUCUGUGGAACCGGAUUACUGCAGCAUCGAGCAGCUCUUCAGUCUCCCCCCGACUGAGACCAAGACUAGAACCAAAACCAGGACCGAACCCAAAGAGAUUUCCUUCAUUGAUGCCAGGAAAAGUCUGAACCUCAACAUCUUCCUCAAACAGUUCAGAUGUUCCCAUGAGGACUUUGUGUCUCUGAUCUGGAGAGGAGACAGAUCCAAGUUUGAUGUCGAGGUCCUGAAACAGUUGAUCAAACUGCUGCCAGAGAAACAUGAGAUAGAGAACCUGAAGUCUCACCAAGCGGACAGGGACAAGUUGGCGUCAGUGGACCAGUUUUACCUGCAGCUGCUGGACGUCCCCAGUUACUCUCUGAGGAUUCAGUGUAUGUUGCUGUGUGAGGAGAGCAGCUGUGUGUUGGAGACUCUGAAGCCCAAAGCUGAAGUUCUGGACCGAGCCUGUCAGAGUGUUAGGGAGAGCACUCGGCUGCCCAGCUUCUGUAAACUCAUCUUGAGUGUUGGAAACUUCCUCAACUAUGGGACUCACACAGGGAACGCUGAGGGUUUUAAGAUCAGCACUCUGCUCAAACUGACAGAAACCAAAGCCAACAAGUCCAGAAUCACCCUGCUGCACCACAUCCUGCAGGAGGUGGAGGAGAACCACCCUGACCUGCUCAACCUGCCGGACGAUUUGGAGAUCUGUGAAAAGGCUGCUGGGUUUAACGUGGAGUCGAUUCAGUCUGAAGCGAACACUCUGAUCAAACAGCUGAAAAACUCUGAGAGCAGAGUUUCCUCUUCAUCUGAGGACUUGAAGGAGCAGUACCUGUCCACCAUACAGGACAGCCUGCGGUCCUGUGAGCAGCUGCAGCAGCUGUUGUCCUCAGUGGAGGACAGGAGGACGGAUCUGUCCAUCUACCUGUGUGAAGACAGUGGCAACUUCUCCCUUGACGAAUUCUUCAACACCAUCAAGACCUUCAGAGGACUGUUCCUCCGAGCCGUCAAGGAGAACGGGAUUCGCAGGGAGCAGGAGAGGAGGAGGAAGCAGCAGGAGGAGGAGAGGAGACACAGAGGAGAUGACAAGAUAAACCAUGUUCUGAAACAUGUCCACCUGUCGUCUCCAGUCAGGAAGGACGUGUCCAACCAGGACGGCGGCUGCAUCAUCGACAACCUGCUGGCUGAGAUCAGGAAUGGCUACAACCUGAAGAGGACCAGACCCCGAGCCGAGAGGGGCGGCAGACUCCAUGAUCAUCCUGGGGUCAUACAGAGGUCAGCGGCUGUGGACGAGCCCUCAGGCCCUCCAGAGACAGUCCAGGUUCCCACAGAUCCACCAUCAGAAACGAGACCAGAACCAGAGACGGACAGCGUCCCCACAGAGACCCAAAACCUCCCUGAACACGCCUCCCCUCCUGCUGCUGACACGGAGGGGGGCCAGAGCCAGACCAGAUUCCAGGACUCUGAGGUGGACUCUGGUCCUGACUCAGAGACUAGAGUCGGAGCUCCUGCAGGAGAGGAGGAGGUCCAGCUCAGACCAGAGGAUCCAGGAACAAAGCAAGAUUUAAACAAAGUAAACAGGAACGAGGAGUCUGAGUUUGAGGAGAUCACAUCGUUAGAGGCCAGAACACCCAACCACGAUGAUCCAGAUCCUGGUCCAGACAGACCAGCAAAGUCCAGGACCGGUUUAGCAGGAGCCGACGCCCCCUCUGGAUCCAAACACUCAAAAACUAAGAAAGGAUGUGUUUCACACUGAGAUGGACAGAGGAUGACUCGUCUCCACGACAACAGGACUGAAUCUGUUUUCAUGAAACAUGAAAAAUAAAAACAGGUUUAGUGUUUUUAGAAAAAUAUUUUAUUUCUCUGUUUAAAGUUAAAAGUAUGUGUCACCUGAGAUUCUUCACCAUUAUUAUCACCUGUUUCCUGAAGUGACUCGGCUUUAAUCCACUGACCCUCCACAAACCUGCUGCUCUUAAUCUGGUUUGAUCUGGAUCCUGGAUUUAUUCAGGUUUCAGUUGUUGGAUUUCACUCGAAGAUCAGUGAACACUUAUUCUCAUAAUCAAAUCAUUGUUCCAGAUGUCAGACAGUCCCAGUUCCAGAUGUCAGACAGUCCCAGUUCCAGAUGUCAGACAGUCCCAUGUCUGACUCCGACUCUGAGAAAUGAUAAAAUUAUUAAGUGAUCAAUAGAUUAAAGAAGAAAAUAAUCAGCAGAUUAAACAAUAAUGAAAUAAAAAAAGAGCAGCAGCCUAGUCGUCAUCAUCAUCAUCAUCAUCAUCUCUUCAGACAGAAACACAGUGAGGACGAGUCGCUGAAUUGAGCACAUACCAGUAAUCCUCCCGUCCUCCCGGUGUGAGAACAGAUUCAAACAGUUUGUUUCGAAGGUUUGAGGAUUCAGCUCUGAAACAGAUUCAUGUGUUUCAUGUUGUUAACGCUCAGACAGUUUGAGCUGGAGUCAGAUGUUGUGUGUUGCUACAGGAGAGAUGUUUAACACUGAGUUUUACUAGAAUGUCAGUGAGAUGUUUCCUUCCUGUUUGAACAGAAAUCGUCCCUUCACAAUAAAACCAGCUGCUGUUUGUUCUGUAACAGAAAAGUAGUAUUGCAUCUGAUGUGUGUGUGUGUGUGUGUGUGUGUGCGCGCGCUCCUAAUGACCACUUCCUGUGUAACUGUAUAUAAUCAGUGUUAAUGUCGGUGUUUAAGCUGCUCCUUAAUCCUCUGUUUAUCCUAACGGUCGUUGUCCUGACAACCUGGACUCACUGCAGCAACAGUAACUACCACGGUGGAAAUGCUGUUACAGGUAGAGGCAGCGCCCUCCAGUGUCUCAUUCAUUAAAGACACGUGAACAGUGAAACAACAUCUCACAGUUUAGAGAACCAACAGAAGGAACCUCAGGGUGGAACAUCUCUGCAGCUGAACCACUUCAAACAGAACCCCUGACCCCUCAUUAUCAUUAUCAUUAUUAUUGUUAUUGUUAUUGUUGUUGUCAUCAUUGAUCGUUUCAACGGUGCUGCUCUAUGUAAACAGUGAGGUGACGUCAUCCCAAACCGGAGCCU